AUUAAGCUCUUGCAAAAAGGGCUUGGUUCUGUAACAGACUUCUACAAUAAAUACUGGGGUUGCACUUGCCUCUGGUGCCUGGCCCUCCAGUUCACGAUGGAGGGGUCCGUUUUCUACCUGGUGACUGCCCUCCUGGUCCUUUUCCCAACUUCUUCUUACAGCCAACUCUACACCAUGCUUGUCCCUGAUGUCAUGUGGCUCGAGAGUGAAGAGCAGAUUGUGGUGGAGGCUCAUGGGCUCAAUGUUGCCACAGACGUGACCAUCUCUGUCCAUGAUUUCCCACAGAAGAGGAACACCUUGUACCUGAUCAGAGCUAACAUGAACCCAGACAAUGGCAUGAUGGUGACACCUCUCAUAAAGGUUCCUGCAAAAGACCUAAACAAGGACUCCAAGAAAAACACCUAUGUCUUAAUCCAGGCUACAUGUCCUCAAUUCACUCUUGAGAAGGUGGUUUUGGUCUCCUUCCAAAGUGGCUAUAUCUUCACCCAGACAGACAAAACCAUCUACACACCUGGAUCCCCAGUGCGCUAUCGUGUUUUCUCUAUGGGUCAUGGCCUGGAACGUUUGGACAAAAAUGUGAUUGUUGAAUUUGAGACACCAGAAGGCGUUAUUGUUAGCCAGAAUACCUUCAAUCCCGCAGCACCUGGCACCCAGUCCUUCAAUCUACCUGAGACUGUCAGUUUGGGAACCUGGAAUGCUGUGACUAAAUAUCAAGAUUCCCCGCAGGAGUCCUUCAGAACACCAUUUGAAGUCAAAGAAUAUGUAUUGCCAAGUUUUGAAGUUGACAUUGAACCAUCAGAAAAGUUUUAUUAUGUUGAUACCGACAGAAAUUUCAAUGUGGCUAUCACUGCAAGGUACCUUUAUGGGAAGAAAGUCGAAGGUGUCGCCUUUGUCCUCUUUGGAGUGAAAAUUGACGAUGACAAAAAGAGUAUUGCAGACUCACUCAGGAGAAUUCCAAUUCAAGAAGGGGAGGGAGAAGCAGUGCUGACAAAAGAAAUGCUUCUGACCCGAUUUCGCAACCCGCAUGAGCUUGUUGGGCACUCUCUCUACAUCUCUGUAACAGUGAUGACAGAAUCAGGGAGCGAUAUGGUGGUGGCUGAGAGAAGCGGCAUUAAAAUAGUGACAUCUCCCUAUCAGAUCCUCUUCACUAAAACCCCAAUGUUUUUCAAGCCAGGGAUGCCUUAUGAACUGAUGGUGUUUGUCACCAGCCCUGAUGGUUCCCCAGCUGCCCGUGUCCCUGUGAUAUCAGAGCCCAUUCGGGCUGAGGCAACCACCCAGAACGAUGGGACAGCCAAGCUGAUCCUGAACACACCAGUAGACAGACAAGAGCUGAGAAUAACUGUAAAAACCAAUGAAGCAAGACUACCAAAUGAACGCCAGGCAACCAAGACUAUGGUGGCUGCAGCCUACCAAACCCAGGGUGGCUCUGGAAACUUUCUCCAUUUAGCAGUUUCAUCUGUAGAGCUCAAGGCUGGGGACAACUUACCCAUCAACUUCAACAUUCGAAGCAACAAUCAAAAUGUCCUGAACCAAGUCCAAUAUUUCACCUACAUAAUCUUGAGUAAAGGGAGCAUACUCAAGGUUGGGAGGCAACCCAGAGCUCCUGGGCAGAAUCUAGUGACCAUGUCUCUGCCCAUCACCCCCAAACUCAUCCCUUCCUUCCGAGUUGUGGCUUACUACCAAGUGGGGAACAGCGAGAUUGUGGCUGACUCUGUCUGGGUGGAUGUGAAGGAUACCUGCAUGGGAACGCUGGUUGUGAAAGGAGCAACUGCAGCCGACAAUCGAAUUCAUCAGCCAGGAGAUGCAAUGAAAAUCAAAGUGGAAGGGGAUGCGAAUGCUCGGGUUGGCCUUGUGGCUGUGGACAAAGCUGUCUAUGUUCUGAACAAAAAGCAUAAGAUAAGUCAGACUAAGAUCUGGGAUACAGUAGAAAAAAGUGACAUUGGCUGUACCGCUGGCAGCGGUAGGAACAAUGUAGGUGUGUUUGAAGAUGCUGGGUUGGCCCUGGAGACCAGCAACAAGCUUUCCACGAAACAAAGAUCAGAUCUGAAGUGCCCCAAAGUUGCAAAACGGAGACGCCGUCGCUCUAUACAGUUACUGGAGUCUAAAACAGGCAAAGCGGCUCAGUAUACUGACAAGAAGAUCCGAAAGUGCUGUGAAGAUGGGAUGUUUGAAAAUCCAAUGGGAUACAGUUGUGAAAAGCGUGCAGAAUACAUUGAUGAUCAAAAUGAGUGCAAGAAUGUAUUCCUUGAAUGUUGCCGUUUCAUCAAAAACAUACGAGAUCAGAAUCAACGAGAGGAAGAACUUCAACUGGCAAGAAGUGACAAUGAGGAGUUUAUUACAGAAGAAGAGGAUAUUGUCUCCAGGACUGAAUUUCCAGAGAGUUGGUUGUGGGAAACGAAAGUGCUGACUGAGGCUCCUAAUGAUCAAGGGAUCUCAUCCAAAUUAGUGUCGUUUUACCUGAAGGAUUCCAUCACAACCUGGGAAGUGUUGGCUGUGAGCAUUUCAGAAACAAAAGGCAUCUGUGUAGCUGAUCCUUAUGAAAUAACUGUCAUGAAAGACUUCUUUAUGGAUCUAAGGCUUCCUUACUCAGUAGUCAGGAAUGAGCAGGUGGAGAUUCGAUGUGUUCUCUACAACUACGGGUCAGAAUUGAUCAAGGUACGAGUGGAGCUGAUGCACAACCCGGCCUUCUGCAGCGCUUCCACUUCCAAGCAGCGCUACAGGCAUGAUAUCACUAUCAUGGGCCAGUCCUCCACGGCAGUGCCGUUUGUGUUGGUCCCUCUUGAGUUGGGAUUCCAUGACAUCGAGGUCAAAGCAGCUGUCUGGAAUGUCUUGGUGUCCGAUGGUGUGAAGAAGAAGCUCCGGGUUGUGCCUGAAGGGAUGCGAAGAACAAUUGUGAAUGUCAUUCAAUUGGAACCAUCUACAAAAGGAAAAAAUGGAGUCCAAGAAGAGCUGGUGAAAGCUAAGCCCUUAGAAGACAUUGUUCCUGGAACUGAAACGGAGACCAAAAUCAGCGUCCAAGGAGACCCUGUGGCUCAGAUUGUUGAACAAUCAAUUGACGGAAGCAACCUGAAACAUCUCAUCAUAACACCUUCUGGGUGUGGAGAGCAGAACAUGAUCACCAUGACACCAUCGGUUAUUGCCACCCACUAUCUAGACACCAUGGAGCAAUGGGAGAAGGUUGGGGUGAAUCGCAGGGCUGAAGCCAUCAAGCAGAUUUUGCAAGGUUAUGCUCAGCAGAUGACAUACAAGAAACCAGACCACUCCUAUGCAGCUUGGAUACAUCGCCCAUCUAGCACCUGGCUAACAGCAUAUGUAGUGAAAGUCUUUUCCUUGGCUUCCAAAAUUGUAUCGACUAUUGAUGUCCAGAUUGUCUGCGGAGGUGUGAAGUGGCUGAUUCUGGAGAAACAAAAGCCAGAUGGGGUUUUCAGUGAAGAUGCCCCUGUGAUUCAUGGAGAGAUGGUGGGAGGCUAUAAGGGUGCUGAACCAGAAGCGGCAUUAACAGCUUUUGUCCUGAUUGCAUUGCUGGAAUCCAAAAGUCUCUGUGAGCAACAUGUCAACGUUCUAGAUAGAAGUAUCAACAAAGCUGCUGACUUUUUAGAGAAGAAAUAUGAUUCAUUGCAAAGGCCUUAUACAACAGCGCUGACAGCCUACUCUUUGGCCCUGGCAGGGAGACUGAAUGAUGACAGAGUCCUCAUGGCAGCAUCAACAGGCGGGAACCGCUGGGAAGAAUAUAAUGCCCGUACCUACAACAUUGAAGGCAGCUCCUAUGCCUUGCUGGCCCUGAUGAAAAUGAAGAAGUUUGAGAAUACUGGCCCUAUUGUUAAAUGGCUGACAGAACAGAAAUAUUAUGGGGGAACAUACGGACAAACCCAGGCAACCAUCAUGGUGUUCCAAGCUCUUGCCCAGUACGAGAUCGACAUACCAACCCAUAAGGACUUGAACCUGAAUGUUGCCAUCAAAUUGCCGGAACGUCAAGAUCCAAUUCAGUACAGAAUUAACUAUGAGACUGCCCUUCUGGCCAGAUCAGCAGAGACCAAACUCAAUGAAGAUUUCACUGUGCAGGCCUCAGGCCAAGGAAAAGCAACAAUGACGGUUAUGACAGUGUAUAAUGCACAGACCAAAGCAGAUGCAACUCAGUGCAAGAAAUUCACCCUUGAUGUUACUGUGAAACCCCUCCAGCUGAACCAGAAGGAGCUAAAGGGAUCCCUUCAGGCGAUCGAGAUCAAAAUGUGUAUCAGAUAUCUUGGUAAUGUUGAUGCUACAAUGUCCAUCAUUGAUGUCUCCAUGCUCACGGGUUUUGCACCUGAUAUUAGUGACCUUAAAAGGCUUUCUGAGGGCGUCGACAGAUUUAUCUCCAAGUAUGAACUUAACAAAGGCUACACUGAAAGAGGGAGUCUUGUCAUUUACUUGGACAAGGUUUCUCAUACAAAUGAUGAAUGUGUGCAGUUUAAAGCGCACCAGUUUUUUGAAGUUGGCCUCAUCCAACCAGCAUCCGUGAAGGUGUACAGCUAUUACAACCUAGACGAGCACUGCAUCAAGUUCUAUCAUCUUCCCAAAGAAAGUGGCCUCCUCAGUAAGAUUUGCCAUGGUGAUGUUUGCCGAUGUGCAGAAGAAAGCUGCUCCUUGCUCAACAAUAUAAACGAAGAGGUGGACGCACAGCUACGCAUUCAACUGGCCUGCAAACCAAGAGUGGAUUAUGUGUACAAAGCCAAGCUGGUUCGAAUAGAAGAGGAAAAUGGUUAUGACAACUACUUCAUGGAAGUUCUGGAAAAGAUUAAAGAAGGGAGUGAUCAAAAUGUAGAAAACAGUCCUCGCAGAUUUAUCAGCCAGAUGAAAUGCAGGGAAACUCUGAAUCUGAAGGAGAACAAUAAUUAUCUGAUCUGGGGUGUCAGUAAUGACCUGUGGCCUGCAAAUAAUGAUGUCUAUUACAUCAUAAGCAAAGAUACCUGGAUUGAGAGGUGGCCAAGUGAGGAUGAAUGCCAAGAUGAAGAAUGGCAAGACCUAUGCAAUCACAUUGACCGGUUUGCCAAUACAUUGAUGUUUACGGGGUGCGACAUCUAACUGGAAUUGCUCUCUGUGUAUUAAAUAUAGAACACUGUUUUUGGGGUAAUGCUCAAAAGUCGUAUUUCCUCCUGAAUUUUUAGAUUAUAUCUCUUAUUUUUUUGUUUUCCUUUCCCCUGCUUCAAUUUGUUUAUAUAUAAAAUAAAGGCCUAAUUUCUCAA